AUAGCACAGUCCAGGGGAGAAGCAGAGGCCGCCUCUUCCUGGCCACGGGAUGGUGACCUACUUUCCCCUUCUUAUCUGUGUGCAAAAUAUUUGUUGUACUUAGUGUGUUCUCCCUGUCAUGACGAAUGUUUGUCUCUCUCGUUCAUAUGAAUUGAGGGCUAAAGUGCUAGUUGGGUCGGUGGGAAGACAAUGGAGGCGAGAACUUGCAGGAGACCAUGGCCAAAACGGAGGUGAAAACAUCACUUCUGGACAACAUGAUUGGAGUUGGAGAUAUGGUUCUUCUAGAACCUCUCAAUGAGGAGACCUUCAUCAACAACCUCAAGAAGCGGUUUGACCAUAGUGAGAUCUAUACUUACAUUGGAAGUGUGGUUAUAUCUGUUAACCCAUACCGGUCCUUGCCCAUUUACUCGCCAGAGAAAGUGGAAGAUUACAGAAAUAGAAAUUUUUAUGAACUGAGCCCUCACAUCUUUGCCCUGUCCGAUGAAGCGUACAGGUCCCUACGAGAUCAAGAUAAAGACCAGUGUAUUCUCAUCACUGGUGAGAGUGGAGCGGGAAAAACAGAGGCCAGCAAGCUUGUUAUGUCCUACGUGGCAGCUGUUUGUGGAAAAGGAGCAGAAGUCAAUCAAGUCAAAGAGCAGCUUUUGCAGUCCAACCCGGUCCUGGAAGCUUUUGGAAAUGCCAAAACUGUAAGGAAUGACAACUCGUCUAGAUUUGGCAAAUAUAUGGAUAUUGAAUUUGACUUUAAAGGUGACCCCCUGGGAGGAGUGAUCAGUAACUAUCUUCUAGAGAAAUCUCGAGUUGUUAAGCAACCACGAGGUGAAAGAAACUUCCACGUGUUCUAUCAGCUGCUUUCUGGUGCAUCUGAAGAGCUCCUGAAUAAACUGAAGCUCGAGCGGGAUUUCAGUAGAUACAACUAUCUGAGUCUGGACUCGGCUAAAGUGAAUGGUGUGGAUGAUGCUGCCAGUUUCAGAACCGUUCGGAACGCCAUGCAGAUCGUGGGCUUCACGGACCAUGAGGCGGAAUCUGUCCUGGCAGUGGUGGCUGCCGUGUUGAAACUGGGCAACAUUGAGUUCAAGCCUGAAUCGCGCGUGAACGGCUUAGAUGAAAGCAAAAUCAAAGAUAAAAAUGAGUUAAAAGAAAUUUGUGAGUUGACCGGCAUUGAUCAGUCGGUUCUGGAACGGGCAUUCAGUUUCCGAACGGUUGAGGCCAAGCAGGAGAAAGUUUCAACUACACUUAAUGUGGCUCAGGCUUAUUAUGCCCGUGAUGCUCUGGCUAAAAACCUCUAUAGCAGGUUGUUUUCGUGGCUGGUGAAUCGAAUCAAUGAAAGCAUUAAGGCACAAACAAAAGUGAGAAAGAAGGUCAUGGGUGUUUUGGACAUUUAUGGCUUUGAAAUUUUUGAGAAUGCAGACAACAGCUUUGAGCAGUUCAUUAUUAAUUAUUGUAAUGAAAAGCUGCAACAGAUCUUCAUUGAACUGACUCUUAAGGAAGAGCAGGAGGAGUAUGUACGGGAGGAUAUAGAGUGGACUCACAUUGACUACUUCAAUAAUGCUAUCAUCUGUGACCUUAUAGAAAAUAACACGAAUGGCAUCCUGGCCAUGCUGGAUGAAGAAUGCCUGCGGCCCGGCACAGUCACCGACGAGACCUUCCUAGAAAAGCUCAACCAAGUCUGCGCCACCCACCAGCACUUUGAGAGCAGGAUGAGCAAGUGCUCCAGGUUCCUCAACGACACGACCCUGCCCCACAGCUGCUUCCGGAUCCAACACUAUGCUGGCAAGGUGCUGUACCAGGUAGAAGGCUUUGUUGACAAAAACAAUGACCUUCUCUACCGAGACCUGUCCCAAGCCAUGUGGAAGGCCAGCCAUGCCCUCAUCAAGUCUUUGUUCCCCGAAGGGAACCCCGCCAAGAUCAACCUGAAAAGGCCUCCCACAGCUGGUUCACAGUUCAAGGCGUCCGUUGCCACUCUGAUGAAGAACCUGCAGACCAAGAACCCAAACUAUAUCAGGUGUAUCAAACCAAAUGAUAAAAAGGCUGCCCACAUCUUCAAUGAGGCUCUGGUGUGCCAUCAGAUCAGAUACUUGGGCCUUCUAGAGAAUGUCCGCGUGCGGAGGGCAGGCUAUGCCUUCAGGCAGGCCUAUGAACCUUGCCUGGAAAGAUACAAAAUGCUUUGUAAACAAACAUGGCCUCACUGGAAAGGACCAGCCAGGUCUGGUGUGGAGGUCCUGUUUAAUGAACUGGAGAUUCCUGUGGAAGAAUACUCCUUUGGUAGAUCAAAGAUAUUCAUUCGAAACCCAAGAACACUCUUCAAGCUGGAAGACCUGAGGAAGCGGCGGCUCGAGGACCUGGCCACACUCAUCCAGAAGGUCUACCGGGGCUGGAAGUGUCGCACGCGCUUCCUGCUGAUGAAGAGUAGCCAAGUCGUGGUUGCAGCCUGGUACAGGAGAUACGCGCAACAAAAACGGUACCAGCAGAUAAAGAGUUCUGCCUUGGUAGUUCAGUCUUACAUCCGGGGUUGGAAGGCUCGAAAAAUCCUGCGGGAACUGAAGCAUCAGAAGCGCUGCCAGGAAGCAGUCACGACCAUUGCGGCCUACUGGCAUGGGACCCAGGCGCGGAGGGAACUGACACGGCUGAAGGAGGAGGCUAGGCAUAAACAUGCUAUUGCGGUUAUUUGGGCUUACUGGCUUGGAUCUAAGGCUCGAAGGGAAUUGAAACGCUUGAAGGAGGAGGCUAGGCGCAAGCAUGCAGUUGCUGUCAUUUGGGCUUACUGGCUUGGACUGAAGGUACGUAGGGAGUACAGGAAGUUCUUCAGAGCCAAUGCUGGAAAGAAAAUCUAUGAGUUUACACUUCAGAGAAUUGUGCAAAAAUACUUCUUGGAAAUGAAAAGUAAGAUGCCUUCCUUAUCUCCAAUAGACAAGAAUUGGCCGUCAAGGCCUUACCUAUUCUUGGAUUCCACUCAUAAGGAGCUGAAGAGAAUUUUCCACUUGUGGAGGUGUAAAAAAUACAGGGACCAAUUCACAGACCAGCAGAAACUUGUUUAUGAAGAGAAACUAGAAGCCAGUGAACUUUUCAAAGACAAGAAGGCUUUAUACCCAUCUAGUGUUGGGCAACCAUUCCAAGGGGCUUACCUGGAAAUCAACAAGAAUCCCAAGUAUAAGAAGCUCAAAGAUGCCAUUGAAGAAAAAAUCAUCAUUGCUGAGGUCGUGAACAAAAUUAACCGUGCUAAUGGGAAGAGUACAUCCCGAAUUUUCCUCUUAACAAAUAAUAAUCUUCUUCUUGCUGACCAAAAGUCUGGACAAAUCAAGUCAGAGGUCCCCUUGGUGGAUGUGACCAAGGUCUCCAUGAGCUCACAGAAUGAUGGCUUCUUUGCCAUUCACCUCAAGGAGGGCUCAGAAGCAGCUAGCAAGGGAGACUUUCUCUUCAGCAGUGAUCACCUGAUUGAGAUGGCCACCAAGUUAUACCGCACAACCCUCAGCCAGACCAAGCAGAAGCUCAACAUUGAGAUUUCUGAUGAGUUCCUGGUACAGUUCAGACAAGACAAAGUAUGUGUGAAGUUCAUUCAGGGCAACCAGAAAAAUGGGAGUGUCCCAACGUGCAAACGAAAAAACAACCGCCUCCUUGAAGUUGCUGUCCCCUAACCUGCGCCUCCUCUCUGCCCUCACAGACUUGUUUCUUUGUUAUAGUGCAAUUUGGUUUUGUUUUAUUUGGGGUUCAUUGUAUGUUUGGGAAUUGCCAGAGGCUCAUUAUAAGAGUUCUUUGGCAAAAUAAAAAUAUUGGACUAAUCAAUUUUUACUUUUGGAAUAGUUUUAACCUUUCAGAUACAUUUUCUGUCCUGGGGCAGGACUGUAGAAACUAACAGUGUCUCUCUUCAUGCCAUUAUGUGUUCUUUGUUUAGACAUCAUGUUAGAUCUGUGUACCCUGAAGCGGCAUAUUACUCACCCAUUGUUAAUACAUAGAAGUAUAGGAAGUGAUCUUAAAUGAUAGUACAUUCAUUCAUCACAUAUUUAUUCAAUGCCUGCUCUGUGCUAGGCACUGUGCUAGGUGGUAUGAAAACUUACUAGAACCUUUUUUUUUUUUUUAAGGUAAAACUGUUGCAUUCUGGCUGGUUUGUGCUGGCUUAACAACAGCUGAGAACAUUUGGAAGUGCAGAGACCAAAACCAUAACCCCUCCUGAUGGACAGUGUUGUUAGAAACCCUAUAGUACAAUCUUAAACAACAAAUGCUUCAGGACAGGCUGGUCCUAAGAGGGAAGCGAAAUAUUUGGGUAAAAUCCCUCUGUGUUUGAUUUCUGUUUGAAAAAAGAAAACUGACAUUUGAACAGGACUUUUAAUUUGUUUAGAUCUCUUGUAAUUACUUUGAUCCGUAGAACACAGAUGUCAUUCAUAUUUUAGAAAAAGUGACGGAAGCAGUUCAGUAAGAUUAUAUGUUCCUGUUUCUAGUAAACAUCAUCUAUGAUCCUAGAUAUGCUGAUAUCUGCAGAGUAUUGUUUUCACCCAAAUUUGAGUAGAGCUUUUAGACAGUUAACACAGGGAAGGACUAUAAAGCCUUUCAGAUAGUGGUAAACAUUCUGUAUGAUGUGCAAUAAAACAUUCCAAAGUCUUUUUUGAAAGUUUUAUUUAUAACAUACAUUUUUGUAUGAGAAAGGUGAUUAGUACAGGGUGCAUAUUUUAGUCAAGGAUCAAAAUUAAGUUUGUGUAAUUUGCAGGAUUUUUUCUUCAAAAUACAAUAAGGAUUCUUUUUGAAAACUACAUUUUGAACUUUAGAAUCAAAUUGUUUCUUAUUUGGAAGGAUAAUGUAUAUACAUUGGUUUUAUGUUAAAUAAUAAAAUUGUUCUAAUUUGGUGCCAUUGCUGGAUCACAACUGUAUUUUUAUACUUCAAGCUAUUUUCGUAUGUUGUGUGUCAAUAUCUCGUCACACAGAUAGGUUUUACAAUCCAAACAUUAUAUGUUCUCUGUAUAAUUGAAUUUCACUUACCUUUUAUAAACCGAAAACAUUCCUUGAAAAUA